CCACAAGAAAGUACACUCCACAGUCCAAAGCCCACAGCUACACUACAAAGCCUAUAACUAUAACAGUGCUUUCAUUUCUCUCUCUCUCUCUUUCUUUCACACGUCAAAAACAGUAGUACAAUACAAUUCCCUCGUGCCUUUGUUGUUACAUUGUGUAAGGAAAGUCUUUGCACUUGGUUUACCCCAUUUGAGUCAUGUUUCUGUUCACGUUAGCAUCUUGUUUAAAAAUGGCUAAAAAACCAAAGGGUCUUCACCAAAAAUGUUUCUGAGGCCCCCCCUGCUGUGAACAGAAGAGAGAGAGAAUCCAGAUAUUAUUUUGAUUUGCAUUGCAGUGAAGCAGACGAUAAUAAUAGUAACAGUAAUAGGUGUGUGUUGAUGAGGUGAGUGAGUGAGGAGGACAAAAGAUAUCAGAGAGGGCCCGUUAAAGGCUGCAACACAAAUGAGUGGCACUGCACCAAAGGCUACUUCUUCUGUCUAGUGUGUUCUCUCUCUCUUUCUCUCUCUUUCUUUUCUUGUUUUUACAUAUUCGUGGCUCUUCUACCUCCAUCAUCUCACACUCACACCUUUUUCAUUCAUCUCCAACACUAGGUUCUUAGAGAGGGUGGGUGACUACACAUCCUUUGAAGAUGUUUUCAAAUGGUGGCGCCGCUUGACUUGGUUGGAGAUAACUGAUAGCAUGGACCUAUUUUCUAUUUUCCUUGAGUAAGUUAAUUCUUCCAAGGGGAAUCCACUAGUCCAGUUUUACCAUGAAUUUGAAUACUGACCAUGCCAUUCAUGAAGUAAUGUUGUUCUGAAAAACCAUUGAAGAAGUGUCAAAAGCCUCUUCUUGCAUUUCCUAGAUGGAGAACAACAUGUACAGUGCUCGACUAGACAUGGCUGGCCGAAAUUCUACCGGCAUAGAUGAAAUUGCUCGCCAUUUAGCACCAAAGCCACUGAUUCAUUGCUAUUCAUUUGACCUCAAUAACCAAAACCAUAUUAUAAAUGGAAUUCCAGUGCUUGCUGGAGAGCAAGGUGAACCUGCAAAUGAUGUCCAUGUUGAAGGUUGCUUCUUAAACCCUGCUAGUAUUGCGGAUUCAAAUUCAUUUGUUACAUCACAAGGAAAGACUAUUGUAGGAGAUGCCUCAAAUCAAAUUAACAACAAUGAUUUUCAAGAGCAUUUAGUUGGAGGAAGGCCAAUUGCUUCUGCUUCACUUUCUGCUGCUAGAAUUGGCCUUCAAGCAAAUUUAGAGAGUUCAGAAGCUUUGCCUUAUUCAAUGUGUUCAUUGGAGGCAUUAGGACCAUAUCUAUUCAAUAAUUGGCAGGGCACAUCAAACCCUUUGCCUGCAACUUUUGGUGAUCAUCAUCAUGCCUACGAUGAAUUAUCCAGUAUUGGUAAGUGGAAUGUGAACAAGAUUCUGAGAGCUCCAGAGGCUGAUGGGACUGAGAUCCUGGCCUAUUCAUCCAUAGGAAGCCUGGUUCAAAAUGGAUGGACAUCAUCAAAUGUUGCAAACUUGGCCAAUUUUGCCUACAAUUCCCCUCAUUGUAGUAAUGAGCUAUCACUAAGUCUUGCAAGAUCUCCUCAAACUACUGGUCAGUGCUCAGAGAUGAGCUGCUCCGGCGCAUCACAUAGCAUGAAUGGAACGAGGUCAGGCUUGGAGCAAUCCUCCUGCAGCAGUAAGGAACUGUGUAUGAGAUUAGGCUCUAACAAACAUGUCCAGUUUUCAUCAGCAAUAUUAGGGUCCAGAUUUCUUGUUGGAAUUCAAGAGAUACUUGCUCAAAUUGCAACAUAUUCAUUUGAAAAUGUGGAACAGAUAAAUUGCUCAGCUGCUGGUGUUAGAGCAGGAGGAGAUAAGUCAGCUUCAGCUUUCACACCAAAGAGAACGGUAGAGAAUAAUCAAAAUGCAUCCAUGUUUGGAGCACAUGUAGAAGAAUCUCCAUUGGAAGGACUUGCAACUGAAUCAAACAAAUCCCAACUUCUCAUGCUUCUUCAGCUGGUGGACAAUGGAUAUAGUCAAUGUUUGGAUGAGAUUCAUACUGUGGUAUCUGCAUUCCAUGCUGCUACUGAACUGGAUCCACACAUGCAUGCACAUUUUGCGCUUCAAACGAUCUCUCUCUUAUACAAGGACUUGCGAGAGCGGAUUAGCAAUUGUAUUCUUGCCAUGGGACCGGAUUUUAACAGCUUGUGUUCAGAAGAGGAGAAGGAAUGGUCUCUUGAAACAUCAUUCAUUCAAAAGCAAUGGGCUCUCCAACAGCUAAAAAGAAAAGAUCAGUUAUGGAGGCCCCAAAGGGGCUUGCCAGAAAGAUCUGUCUCCGUACUACGCACUUGGAUGUUUCAGAAUUUCCUCCAUCCGUAUCCAAAGGAUGCAGAGAAGCAUUUACUUGCAGUAAAAAGUGGGUUGACGCGAAGCCAGGUAUCCAAUUGGUUUAUCAAUGCACGUGUUCGACUGUGGAAGCCUAUGAUUGAAGAAAUGUAUGCUGAAAUGAGUAGAAGAAAAGCUUGUAGAAAUGAAGAAGGAAUGGAGAUCACUCAAAGAACCAGGAUAAGCAUGAAAAAUCAAAUGUUGAAUAUCAAUUGAAACUGAAGGUGUCAUAACAACAUGGAGCAUUAUUAUUGUUGUUGUUACUAUUAUUUUUUGAUCAAGUAAGAAACUCAACACAAUUGAAAUCAGAAUUGUGCAUAAUGCCGUGCUUAGUUGGGUACUAUUUGAGCAAUUACACUUAUCUUGAAAAAAUGCCUUCAUA